AUGAGUGGUGGUAGAAUAUCCAAACUAAGUUCCUAUACUAGGAGUUAUCGAAGCCCUGCCGUAGAAUUCAGAAGAACUUCAGGAAAUUCCACAGUGGACCAACCUGAAGCAGCUAUUAAUAAGGCAAUGAGUGCUUUGAAGUCUUCAAAAUUUCGCAAACCAGAAAAGUUUACCUCCUCAAGAUCACAUUCUGGUGCUAGAAAAAAUACCACAGGAAGAGAAACCAGUGAAAUUAAAAAGAAGUCAAAGCAGCACGAGCAAGAUCAAUCUAUACAAAAAACCAAUCGGUCUUUAAACACCACGCGGAAGUCAGAGCCUUCAAGUUCUUUGCUUCCAAGUGCGAAGUCUUUGAGUGGUGGUCCUCAAUACAAGUUUCAAAAAAAACCACAAACUCCCUUGAGAGAAGUUUACGAUGUUGAUCAAGAAUUAAUGCGAUAUUCAGAUUCUGAUAGUGAUAAUGACGAAGAUGAUGAGGAAGAUGAUGGCCAAAGUGAUGACGAAGAUGACGAAGGUGACGAGGCCGUUCCCGACAAGUUUAAGCAACGAAACUCUGUGAAUCUUUUUGUAUUUUCAGAAUCCAGUGAUGACGAGCCCAUUGAGGAAACAAGUUCUGUUGACGACGAAUCUGAUACCGACCGCUUGCAGCAGAUACCUCGAUCAACUUCCGCUAGAAAUUCUAGGCUAAAAUCCAAAAAAACACCGACUGCUAAGAAAUUGAAAUCAACAGUUACCGAGGCUUCUUCUGAUAUUGAGACUGUGGAUUUGAACAAGAACAGAAAGCCUGAAGCUAAGAGUAAUGGAGUUACCAUUACUCAAAAAAGUAAAAGAAAGAAACAAGACACAGUAAAACAAGAGAAGGAAGGAGACCUCUUCGAAGAUGAAGACGAAGAAGGACUUCCAGUCCGUAGAGUCCUUAAUAAACGUUCCAUUAGAUCUUCUUCAGGGCAGUCUUCUUACUCUUCGUCCGAUAGUGAUGUUCAGAUUAUAGAUGUCCGUCCUGCAUCAUUGUCGGAAGUAUCAAGACGGCCAAAACACAGACGAUUAAGAAUGCUGAGACAUUCAACCCUUCAAACAAGACGAGGAACAAGACGAAGCUAG